CUUGGGACUACAAUUCCCAGCGGGCCGUGCGCGAGAGGGCGGGCAGGUUUGUUUGCCGGAAGUCCGCUCUAGCCGUGGGUCCCCCAAUUGCUGCCAGAGCCCCAACCACCCAGUAGCCGCGGGAACUGCACCGCUGGAGUCCGGACAGGGGUCGCCAUGAUCCGCUUCAUCCUCAUCCAGAACCGGGCGGGCAAGACGCGCCUGGCCAAGUGGUACAUGCAGUUCGACGACGACGAGAAACAGAAGUUGAUAGAGGAGGUGCACGCCGUGGUCACUGUCCGGGAUGCCAAACACACCAACUUUGUGGAGUUUCGGAACUUUAAGAUCAUUUACCGACGCUACGCUGGCCUCUACUUCUGCAUCUGCGUGGACGUCAAUGACAACAACCUGGCCUACCUGGAGGCCAUCCACAACUUCGUGGAGGUCUUAAACGAAUAUUUCCACAAUGUCUGUGAACUGGACCUGGUGUUCAACUUCUACAAGGUUUACACGGUCGUGGACGAGAUGUUCCUGGCUGGCGAGAUCCGAGAGACCAGCCAGACGAAGGUGCUGAAGCAGCUGCUAAUGCUGCAGUCACUGGAGUGAGCGCACCGGCCCGCCGCCCUCUGGCCCGCCUGCUCACCUCCCCGGCGGCCCCCCUCCGCUGCCCAGGAGAAAAGGCACCCAGCUGGGUCCGGGCCGCGCGGGAGGAGAGUGCACCCUACCGCCUCUGGGCCCCAGCUGUGGGUGGAGGCUGCCCUGCGUGUACUGAGUAACUGUGUCGUGUGGUGCUGUGCGUGCAUGCGUGGAGCCCCCAGUAAACCCGUGGUCCUGCCUGGC